UAACGUAGUCCCCGCACGUAAGUUUCAUUCAGGCAGCAUUUUGAAUAAGGAAGAUGGCGGCUGCAGCAGUGGUUGAAUUUCAGAGAGCUCAGUCUCUCAUCAGCACGGACCGCGACGCCUCUAUCGAUAUUCUCCAUUCAAUAGGUAAGUGUCCGGUUCAGGUUUCUAAACGGGCCCCGUCUCUCCGGUUGCUGUUAUUUGCCGGUGUUUGGUCGGUGUUUUAGCAGCUGAGCCGGCUGUGUGCUGACUCACUGCAGUGAACGGGACACUGCUGCUCUAUGCUAGCCGUUAGCAUCCCUGCUAACAGUAGGCCGAGGUGGGAAAUAUGUCGAAGUCAACAGAAACUUCAAGUUUAAGUCCGUGUUAGUUUAUAUUUCGUUUUUCUGUCGUUUACUACAAUUUUCCUGCCAGCUUCUCGUCCCUCUUCCUCCAACUGUCAUGUUAGCGGGGCUGCUUUUGUGGCUAACGUCUUUAGCUUGUUGUCAAAAGCGAUUGGAUCAGCACAUCUCUGAAAUAUCAAGUGUUAUUUUAAUCAGUAAAAUUAUUGUGUUUUGACUAAGUCUAUGUUUUAAUAUAUCUUGGCUGAAGUAAGGCAUGUAUUUAGUGCAGGGUGCUGUAAGCAGGUCUUAGAUUUCCCAAAGGCAUGUCCUCAAAUUGCCUUGUCACUUCAGUCCACUGUAGCUGUCAGGCUGUUGAGUAACAACACUGUUUACACUAAUAAAAGAAGGUAAAACUGAUGACAAUAAACACAUAAUCUCUAUCUACUAGAUGUCUUUUACUCCUAAUCCUAUCUUUGUAGAUUUUAGUGUGAUUUUAGCAGAGGUAACUAACUGUAUGCACUCCUGCCUCUGUCAUUAAAUAGGUUGUUUUGUGAACAUGAACCUUUAAAACUUACAUUUUAAAGUCUAUGCUUUUUCAUUGGGCUUUGCUGCAUUUCACAUUGAUUUUGUUGUCAUAACUAACAACUAAGAAAGUACAGGGGAUUAAAAAUGUUCAAUUUAAAUUAGAAAUAUGCUUUGGCAAAGUUCAAAAUACAUAUUUACAGAUCUUUCCCGUGUCAAAAAGUCAUCUGCAGGUUUGUAUAAAAUCGAUUUCUCUUCCCAAACAUAGUAAAGUAGGCAGUGAUCUCCAACCUGAUCUUCCUCCUUCGUAGGAGUUGUCCUUCAGGCUGGAACAUUUACACUGGCCGGUACACUCAGCGGGCCAUGAGUCAAGAGCAAAAACAAACGCCAAAGUAAAAGAAAGACGUCAUGCCAACACAUCCUCUUCCCACACCAGUGAUCUCCUGUUUGUUAUAGUGCAAUAAUUAGCUAAUGCAGAUAUUUGUCUGUGUAAUUCAAAUCAAAUCUGAUUAGAGAAACUGUACUUUUACUGGGAGAGCAUAUUUUUGAACCUGCACAAAACUAUCAACUUAACUUUGACAGGAGAAAGGUAUGAAAUAAAAUUAAGUGUAAAAAAGACUCUAUCUAUACUGUCUAGGUCAGGGGUGUCAAACUCAACCACAGCAAGGGCCAUAAUCCAGAUUUAGGUCGAACCUGAGGGCCAAACAGGGUCAACAUUUCACCAAAACUGUCAACCUCCUUUUUCAAAAAUUAUGUAACUAAAACAGCAAUGAUUAUAAACCUUUUGGAAAAUCAAGAAAGAUCAAAAAGAUAAGUUUAAAGGCAAUCUGAGAUAGAAAUGUUUUCAUUUUUAAUUAUUAGAUUCAAAAGAGUGUGAUAUUAAACAUAAAAAAUAAUGCUUUUAAAGAGCAAAUACAUGAGGAGAACGUUGAAAUCAGGUUUAAAAGGUCAAAAUGUGACUUAAUAGGAAUCUAAAGUAUGAAAAUGACUCAAGUCUAAAUACUGAGUUUAACAAAAUCAAAGCAUGAAAUAAAAAAUCCAAUCAUAUUUGACUUGUAAUCUUGAAAUGCAAAAUUGAAAACAUGAAAUAAAACACCAAAUAUUUUUCCCCCCACUCUUGACUAUUUAUCAAAUCUUCCUCACUCUUUAAUUUCCCAGAUUUUGGAGGAAAUCUGCAGACUUCACACUGGUGGGCCAAUAAUAAUACAAAUAUGAGAUGAUCUUGUGGGCCAGAUAUAAUUGUCCCAAGGGCCAGAUUUGGCCCCCGGGCCUUGAGUUUGACACUUGUGGUCUAGGUCCAUGCAAUAUGAUUUUUGCAUCACUGGGUGUGAAUAACUAUAAUUUGAUAAAACAAAAUUAUUAAAGCCUCCUGUAUCAAUAUUUCACGACUCCUGACAGCGGGACAAAACGGCAUUAUCACUUUCUCUUUGGCGGCGUUUUGUGAGCUUUAGUGUAUCAGAUUGUACGCCGCUCAGCAGUGAAUCAGUCAUCACAGAAUAGAUGUUUGGGGAUAUUUACUUAUCAUGGGUAAAGUGUGGUGAGUCAACCUGUAAUUCCCAGCCCUAGUGUGUGUAUAGACUGCUUUAUUAGCAAAUAGACAUGCCGUGUCUGUCAAUGAAAACAGUGUGUUUGUAAAAAGAGUAUUUGGACAUCUCUGGCCUUUGUGUUUGUAGUGAACAUGAGAUUCAUGGUAUUAGCUGUUCCUCAGACAUGUGAACAACACAUGUGCAAUCAUCACCUUUGGCCCAGAAGUGCUGCAAUAGUUUUGAACAAUGUUAUUUUUCAAUAGCUGAGCAAUGUGCGGUGUUUGGCCCAAAUACUGAAUUGUGUUUGGAUAAUCUGGUUAAAGAAAAUCAUCUUGUAUCAAAAACCAUCAGAUAAGAACCAGUCAGAUCAUGGUUUUCAAAGCUUACAACUUCAGGCUUGUUGAAUAAGUACUUUACGUUUUCAGAGUUAUCAUAGAUGGUUAUUUAUUAGAUUUUUUUUUUCCUGCUUCUCUUCAACAGUGAGGAGAGAUGUUCAAGAGAACGAUGAGGAAGCUGUCAGGGUCAAAGAACAGAGCAUCCUUGAGUUGGGGACCCUCCUGGCCAAGACCGGACAGGCUGCAGGUGAAGUUUCUACUUUUUGACUCGAAUGUCAAACGCUCUUUUUUUUGCUCCACUUCCUAAAAUAAUCGUUUUUUAUUCAUCUUUCCAGAACUCGGGGGUCUGCUCAAAUUUGUCAGGCCUUUCCUGAUUUCCAUCAGUAAGGCCAAGGCGGCCCGACUGGUCCGCUCUCUGCUGGACCUCUUCCUUGACAUGGAGGCAGCGACAGGGCAGGAGGUGGAGUUGUGUCUUGAAUGCAUCGAGUGGGCCAAGGCAGAGAAGAGGACCUUCCUCCGACAGGCUUUAGAGGUAAGAUGAAAUUAAAUAGUCUAAAUGCAAACCUCUCCACGGAGUAUGAAUCACCAACUAAGAGCGUUUCUUAGAAAUACUGCGAUUAAAAAAAAAUAAACCUGCUUCACCACCAGAAUUCUCACAGCUGCAAAAACCUCACCUGCAGUGACACUGUGGUUAAACUGAUUCACAGACUUUAUCUAAUAUUAUCAAGUAGAUUAUCUGGAUGUGGAUUAAAUAUAAAGAUGCUUUUUGACCUGAAUUUGCUGUUGCUGUCCUUUCAAUCACUGACAAAAGCGAUACCCUCAAACAGAAGCGCCAGGGAGAUGAAAUUUCAGCAGAACCUGACACAUGGAGUGAGAGACGCUGAUUAUAAAAAAGCAUUUAGUUUCUUUUUUAGCAGUGAGAUAUGUGACACCACCUCUGUGGCAGCAUUCGGGUUAAAAACGAAUGAAAACAGGAAGCUGGAAAACCCGAGAAGAAGCACAUUUGUCAGCUUGGCCUGAGGAAACAUGACAGCCAGUGAUGCUAAUUCAUCUAACGAAGCCCGCCAUCCAGAAUGACAUCACCCUGUUCAAGCAGCCAAAGUGGGCUAUGUGGCGAAAUCGCUGCCAGCAGGUUCACACUCACAGCCAAGAAUAUCCACAGCUAUUGGCCGGACUUGGAAAUACAAGACCAGUGAGAUUAUUAUUAGUGCCGCCGUGUAGAAAAAUCCAAGAAAUGGGACUCAGCUGAGACGCUGAUGCUCAUUUACAGCAACAUGAGAGGAGCGUAUAAAACGAUAGAAGGUCCUGUCAACAGCUGUAUGUGUGCAAAGAUAGGAUUCAAGCUCCUCUCUGUUAGUUUGAAAUAAAAAGAAAAUACAGAUAUAAUGUUUGUAAUUAUGUCCUGAAGAAAUGGUGAUAGAUUUUCAGCCUCCUCCAAACAAGAACAGAUUAUUUCUACAUCAAGUUUAUCCAUUUGAAAAUGUCACCGGAUUAAGAUGUGUGUACUUCAUUAGAUGACAUUCAAGAACGGCGUGUCGACUUGCAUCUCAUUUAAUCAAGAUCUGAACUCAGUUUGUGAUUGGUACGGCCUGGAGACAAUUAGCAGCUUCAUCUGAUUCAAGAUGUCUUUCCUGCUAUAUUGAAGGAACCUAAACUUGUGAAUAAUCCAAUCUUGAUUUAGUUUUCUCAGGAACUUCAGAGGUACAAAAUGUGAAAAAUUAUCUAGACUAGCAGCUUAAUGUGGGGGGUUUAUACUAAUCAAUGUUAACAAGCUGUUUCAGGGAUUAAAUCAGCAAAAGUUUUAAGUUCAUUCCUUUUUUUAAGUCUAAUUCUGGUGAUUUUGUGUCUCUUCGCUCCACGUUCUCUGUUACAUCCUUUCUUUACACAACAGCAGACGGGCACAGCUGCGCUCUGGCUCUCUAAUAACACUUUCUUCUCUUUCAGGCACGACUGAUCUCACUCUAUUUUGACACCAAACGAUACCAGGAGGCCUUGGCGCUCGGUGAGUGUUUCAAAACAGAACAUUUUUAUCUUUUGGUACAUGGCAGCAUCUAUCUUCUGCUUCAGUGACUCGACAAAAGGGGAAGAUGUUGCCUUUGGCUCCGGCUUGUACAACCUGCACUCAGGUUUUCUGGUCCACUUAGAAACAAUAAAAACUGUCUAUAUAUAUCCUUUUAUCCUUUUUUUAUAUGCUUUUCCUUUAAAUUUGUGGCAUAUUUACUGAUUAUAAAGCUUUGUUUUCUAUAGUAGAUAAUGAAAAAUAGUUUGCACAGCAGUAAGUCACUGUACUUUAUCAGAGAACAGAGAGAGACAAGCUCAUCUCAACCCCCCUACAGCUGUUUUCUAGCUGUUGCGUAAAGUUACUUAAACUCUUACUUCUUCUCUCCCCUCUUCAGGUUCCCAGUUGCUCCAGGAGCUAAAAAAGAUGGAUGACAAAGCUCUCCUUGUGGAGGUUCAGCUGCUCGAAAGUAAGACGUACCACGCUCUCAGUAACCUGCCCAAGGCCCGCGCAGCCCUCACCUCAGCCAGGACCACCGCCAACGCCAUCUACUGUCCUCCAAAGCUCCAGGCAGCUCUGGACAUGCAGUCAGGUCAGAUGGGUUUGCUUCUCUCACUUUUGUGCAGAGGGUUAUCUCUACACAGCUGACUAUAUUCUGCUCUUACUCCUUUUUUUUUGUUUAAAAUAGUAUCAGAAAAAUUAUGAAACAUGAGGAGGAACAGCUUUCAGAUUAUUAGAGCUUUACAAUUUCAGUAUCUUUGAUAGGAAAACUGUACAAUAAAAUUCAUUAGUUAAUAAAAAUUUGAUAAACUUUCACAGCAGGAAAAGUAAAGAUUUCUUCAUAACAGUUACAACACCUUUAUAAGCCAUUUGAGCUUUUAUUCAUGAACUCUUGUCCUCUAAUCCUUCAGCGAUUGAAAACACCUGCACUAAAAAAAUAGGGUUAUAAAACUGCUGCACAGUCAGUUUGAGCAGAGAAAAGGUAGUUCAUGACUUCAGCUUUGAUUUCUCAAACUUUUUGAUACUUUUUGUGUUGUAACACCUGUUUCAGGGAAAAGUUCGUCCCUAACUUUUUUGUUUUCUUCAGUGUUUAAACUAAGAUACUGUGCCGUCACAGUUUGGAUGAUUUAAAUGUCUUUUAUUAAAGCCAACACACGUCUCUGAGAUUAAAGCAUCUGAAGAAAGAUUUAUGAGCAACUAAACUUUUCUUUUCUUUGAAAAAAGACAAGCCUGUGUCCACAUCACACUGCUGCUGUUUUAAUCUUACCAGUAGGGGGCGCCAAGCCAAUCUGAAUAUAUGUGUAGAAUUUUAAAACAGCUUUGGUACACUUUUUCCUAGUUUUUUUUAUACAAGCAUGGUGGCUGAAUGAAGUUAUAAUCAGUUUUGGGCGUUUUUAAAUAUUGAUCGAAAGGAAUAAAAAAAGCAAAGAAUAUCCAAAUCGACUCCAGCCUUACCUCUCAUUCCCACCCCACGAUCUAAACGCAACAGAAACAGAAUUAAAAUGCCUAGUAGGGAUGUUCCCAGCGGUUAAUUUCACUGACGUUUAAACGACCACUCUGAAACCGAAUACACGAAAAUUAAUUAACUCCCAGAAAAUAGCCCAAUAUAAGCACAUGUCGAUCUAUACGGCCAGAUAUCAUCUGAAAUAAAUAUUAAGAGUACAUGAAAGCCAUGCUUAUAAGAUAUGCGAGCCCAGAGCAGCGAGCCAGGCAGAAAGAGUUGCACACAAAUGAUCCACACAUUUUAGCUUGUUUAAUGCACUCUUUAAUUAAGACAUGACGGUAAAAAUGUAAUUAAAAAAAAAGAAGCUUUUUUUGCUUUUUGCUUUUUUUUCCCCCUUUUCUUUUUUUUUUUUUUUAUAGAAUAAACAAAUAUUAUUUACUAAACGGAUAGUAAGAACAGCCCCGUUUACACCCCCUCUGUUAUUAAAACUAGAAAAAGAUAAAUGCUAAAAUACUUAAACAAAGUUAAUGAUAUAACAUUUUGUUAGAAGCAAGACUAAAAAGGUACGUUUUGAGUUUGCUUCAGUGUGUGUUGCUGUAGUUUGCUUUUAGAGAAGUUUGCUCUGUUCAUUGCUGUUGUGUAUGUUUUCAUUUUCCUUGGCUCAGUGGAGGUCGACCCAAGUGUUUACAUCUCCUGUUGUUAUUUACUUUGAACGUCUUUGAACAAAAGGAAACAGGAAGAAGAAAACCUUCCAUACCUGCCCUCUUUGUCUCAAGAAUGUCUCAUUGUGUCUCCACACAAGUUACAUCACUCACAUCCACUGUUGGGUGUGUUUCUUUGACAGGGUUAUCUAUACAUAAUCCUGCGGAGAACGACACAAUGAAAAAGGAUGAGUGUUCGUCUCUGAUGACAGAACAGUUAGUUAACACUGCAGAGUACGGAAAGUUGAGCAAAGAGGAACAAGUUUAGUCAAACUUAUAUUCGGUACAUUUAUAUACUCAGACAAGACUGAGUCAGUACAGCAGCUGUUUUUUUUUUCUCCCUGUGAAAUGGCUUACAGGCGUGUAAAUGGCGUGCACUUAUGUGACUCAGCUUUUUGUGCUGAUAAGCAUCACAAAGUUGUGUAGUUGGAGAUUUCUAGUUCAAUGUCAGAAAAGCUGUGACGCAGUGUCUCUUGUUGUCAUCACUUUACAACUUUACAGGAACUUUGAAGUUUAUUUCUAGUGCUUUUAAAAUGUUCAGCAUUGUCGACGUUGUGGCCUUGUGAUCGUCAGCAUGUACUUCUAUUAUCUCCUGGGUUUUAUCUCCAGCUGAGCGAAUUCCAAGGCGAACGGUUCGACUUGUAGAUGUUUUAACUAUCAUGUGGUGUCAUCUCCUUUUGCAGGGAUCAUCCACGCGGCAGAGGAGAAGGACUGGAAGACGGCCUACUCCUACUUCUUCGAGGCGUUCGAGGGCUACGACUCCAUCGACAGCCCCAAAGCCAUCACGGCGCUGAAAUACAUGCUCCUGUGCAAAAUCGUUCUCAACCUGUGAGUGCCGCUUCAACUGAGUGUUCACUAUACCGCUGUUGGAACCUCUGUCACACUCAUACUGGACCGUGUCUCUGUUUGUUCAUUACUUUCAGACCAGAGGAAGUACAAGCCCUGAUCAGCGGUAAACUGGCUCUGCGAUAUGCGGGCCGACAGGUACGCACCAUUUCCUCAUUUCUCAUAACAGCCUGAGUGUUUAAGCAGCAAUGAAAUUUACUAUUAUAUAACGCUGACAAAUAACAGUUGUUUUGUUUUUGGUUCAGUUCUUGCACACAGCUCCUUCUCUCUCCCGAGCGUACUGUACUUGUUUACACGUAAACAAUUUCAGGUGACAUUUAGAUUUUCUUGUUUGUCGUUCUUCAAACAGACAGAUGCACUGAAGUGUGUCGCCCUAGCAAGCAAGAACAGAUCAUUAGCAGACUUUGAAAAGGUGAGGAUUCGUUCAGUCUAAUGAUGUUUUGCACUCUUUGUAUUUUUUAGUUUGGAUGAUAGCUCUGUUUUAGAGUUUUGGCAUGCUCUCUUUUAAGUCAAGGGUCUUCUUCUUUCAGGCGCUCACAGAGUACAGAGCAGAGCUGAGGGACGACCCCAUCAUCAACACUCACCUGGCCAAGCUGUACGACAGCCUGCUGGAGCAAAACCUCAUCCGAGUUAUUGAACCCUUUUCCAGAGUACAGGUCCGUUUAGCUUCACCUGAUAAAUUCACGAUCGAGCCGAACUGCGUUUCCGUUUUUUUCCUCAGGAUCUUUAGUUUUAAUGAGUUUGAAGUUCUGCUUAGAUAUGAUGGACUCAAACAGAACCAAUACCAAAGCAUGUCUUUGUGUGUAGGUGCCAGAGCAGGCCUGGCGGAUAAUUUUAGCACCAUGAUUCACUCUUUUCUCAUGUUGUUUUUGUCUUUUUAAAUGUCAAUUUUUAAUAUCCCUCAAAGACAGAUUUGUUUUUAGAAACGCUUGUACCUGCACACUUGUUCCAUCAACAUGUAUCUAAACUUUGACAGCAUUUUUAAAGAAACUAACCUCUCUCUGUGUUUCAUUUGUCUGCGCUUCUCUUUCCAGAUAGAACACAUAUCAGGUCUAAUCAAACUGUCAAAGGUACGUGUCCCCGCAGUUAACUCCAUCUUCAAACAGUUAAAAGCAUUUCUUUUUCUUCCUUUUCUCAUCUCAAUUCUCCGAUUUUUGUCUUUUUCAGGGGGAUGUUGAGAGGAAGUUAUCACAGAUGAUCCUGGACAAAAAAUUUCACGGUAAUUUGAGAUCCCUAAAGCCUGAUUCAUUGUUCUGCACCAAAUCUACACCAGAGUUUAUUCCCAGGCGAACAUAUCCCGGUACCCACCAGGGCGAUCAAAGAAUAUUCCUUAUUUGAAUAUUUGUUUUCAUACUUUAAUACUUUCUCUCUCCUCACAUGAGGAAUGGUCAGAGAAGUCACAACAUCACUGAUGAUAGCCGAGGCUUCUUAAUCGUGAUGGGAAGAACCGUUCUUUUGACUGAAUCUGUAGAAUCCGUUCAUUAAAAUGAUUCAUUCAAAAGAUUCAUUCAUUGAAUCAGUCAGUGCUUCAGAACCUCGUCCUCCCUCGUCCUGCCAGCGUCGUUCACUGGGUGACAGGUGUCGUUCAUUCACCAAGUCCUAAAGGAGGAAUCACUCCCCUGCCCUGAAAAACUCACCUCUCUGUGUGUCGCUGUUGGCGGAAAAAAACACAGCAGCAAGCAGCACGCCCGCUACACAUGCGCGAUUCGUCGUUCUUUUAUAUCGCUGAAAAGUGGAGAGAUUAAAAAUGAAUAAACAUCAUAGCUGUAGCGGGGAUUCUGCUACUUUUAAAGAUAACAAAGCGGCUGAGCUCAACUGAACUGAAAAAGGAACGAAUCAGGUCGCACUGAUUCAGUUCACGCCGUUCACUCAGCAGAUCCGUUCUUUUGAACGAAGCGUUCAUGAACGACACAACACUACUUCUUAAUGUAACUGGGAGAGUGAGCUGGUUUUAAGUUAGUUAGCUGUUGUUGAUGCAGUUGUCCAAUGAAACCAUAUUGGUCCAAAUAUAAGGUGUUAGUUCCCUUCAAAUAGAUGUGAAAUCACUGAAUUAGUAUAAAAAGUCUGCACUUCUUCGUGCUAACAUAUGUCUGUAAUUUAAUAACUGUGAUGUGAAGAGUCAAAAUAAUCGUGUUCUUGAUUGUUGCCGUAGUCGAGCUGCCUGAGUUUGAAGUGCUCACAAAGGUUAAUGCCUCUGCGCUGAAAUAUGACCCGGGCUGUAUCCUGUAAAAACGUCAGUCUAAAGGUCUUCAGUGUUUUGUAACGUUCAUUUCUGACUCUGCCGCAGGAAUCCUCGACCAAGGAGAAGGCGUGUUGAUCAUAUUCGAGGAGCCUCCAGUGGACAAAACGUACGAAGCAGCCUUGGAAACAAUUCAGAACAUGAGCAAAGUCGUGGAUUCACUUUACAACAAAGCCAAGAAGCUGACAUAGGUAAAACACCAAUCAGUAAGUGAAGAAAGACGACGACCUCUGUUCUCGUGAUUUACUCUUUAACGAGUUUGUUUUCCCUUCGUCCUCAGAUCAGACAGCUGCGGCAGUGCGAUGGAGGAACUGUGUGUGUUUGACCAGCGUGUGUAACAUUUUAAAAAGGGGACAAGGGAGAACUUCAGAAAGUCCCGCAAACUGCAAACAGGAUUCCCCCAUCAAACUCCCCCCCUCCUCUCCCUCAAUGGACAAUGUCAUCACUUCUCUUGUCUGUUUAUUUUUAUUUUUUCUCCUCCUUUAAUUUUGAUAUCUCUUCAGGAUUCUGUGUAACACUCAGCGGCCAAAUCAGGCCAUCAGGGAAUAUUGUACAACCACAAUAAAAAGAUGAAAAGGUUUAAGAAUACAUAGAUGUUUAUAUCUGCUUUAAGGCUGGGUUUCCCGGGCCUCAAAGCUGAAUCCACUGCAACCUCACAGGUGCAACAUUGACCUCUGUGGCCUCGCACUCCGCUACCACCUGCGUACGCGGACGUGAGGCUUUCUCCUCUUCUUCAUGACUUUCAGAAGCACACUGUUCAGUUUUUGGAUGGUUGGGAUACUCCUUAGGAAUCUGAAUUUUGUCAAAGAGCUCCCUCUAGCUUUUAUUUUUUCCCCCCUCACCAUAUCAAUGCCAACAGUUAAAUACCCGCUGUAUUUCAGAUAUGUAUUAAACUCACUUUAUUUUUUAUUUUGGUUUUGUGUUUUUGUUAAAAAAAGAAAAAAAAAUCGAGAGAGAGAGAAUCAGAUGGUUGCCACAUGUCUGCCCGCCCUGCUUGUGUCAGUUCACAGAACGGACAGGAUGCCAUUUCACCACUAGUGCCACUUUUCCGGCGCUUCGGUUUGCCUCACUGUUUGGGUGCAAUAUGAAAUUGAAGGGCGGAGGUGGAGAUGUUUUCAUCAUCGCCUCUCAGCGUCUGUGAGUUACCCCUGAGUGAGCAAUUCUUCAUUGUUAGUUUCUAGCACUAGUGUGGUAUGCUAGUAACCAAACAAUUUGUAUGGUUUUGAUUUGGUUUUGAUUUAUUUUUGUUUGUUUUUCUCUUAUAAAAGACAUUUUCAAAAUAAAUAUUUUGUAUUUUAAGGAGUUUGUCUUGUCUCUUGCAAAAAAAGAAAAUGAAUUGGUUAUGGUAAUUUGUCUAAAGCCACUCAGCUGUGUUGUUUCUUGUACAGAUAACUGGUGAAAGGACUGGAUUUACAUGUUGUGUCUAAAAUGCAGUUUUGAUUGAGAGCUUGACCAAGAAAUGUGUACAUAAGCAAAAAAAAAAGAGGACGUUUUUAAACCGUGUUAAGCUCACUAAGGAUGAACAUACAAAUGUUGACACUUUAAAACAGAAUUACACAAGGGUGUCUUUCUCUUGCUGCUAUUUUUGUCACAAAUUAAAAAAGCAAACUCACAUCAAAGGGCAUUAAAUCAGUUAAACGGACA